AUGGGGCAAUUGUUGACAACAAAAUGGCUACCAUACGUAACAGUUGCACCCACUUCGGUUCUUACUGUAACGUCUACUUACUCCGAUACGGUGACCAGCACUGUUACAGGGGUUCUCCCAGUGACGACCGUUGAAACCACAUGUACUCCUGGUAGCGUUGCUCCAGAGUCAUGUAGUAAUUCGAUAUGGUCGGCGGAAGGUUCCUACUGGCAAGAAUGGUGCUCAGAUUCAGCUUUGGAAGGAGCACCAUUUAUGACCAUUCAUGGAGCAACCAGCCCUUACGAAUGCUUCGUGUUUUGUGGCAUCUAUUCGAGCUGCCAAGGUCUCAAUUGGGAUGAUAAUAAUGAGUGUGUGCUGCUCACAGACAUCACGUCCACAGUGGAAGUCACUUCGUCUCAUUGGGCCGCAAUUGAACGUUUUUCAACCAACCCUUGCGUCGUCACUGUAACAGGCGCUUCUACUCAGCUGUCAACCGGGACAACGGUGAUGGAAUAUACAACAACUUACACAUCGACAAUUACAUUGUCGACGAGUGCUUCUGUCGCUUCCACUAGCACUACAUCCAGUGUUGCCACAUCAACGGCUUCGACAUGCACUGUCUCGACUUUUCCUACCACCACAGACUGCGUCGACGGAUACUACGUAUACAAUGAGGAGUAUUACCAAGUUCUCUGCAGCGACACCGUGCAAAGCUAUUCGGGAACUCUUUCCAACUCCAGACAAGACGACAUCUGGGGCUGCAUCGAGGUCUGCUCUACCUAUUCGAACUGUAUAGGAACGUUCUGGUUUCUGGGUAUCUGUUACUCAGAAAGUGGUGCUAUCGACCAUUCCUACGUGCCUUGCGACUUCUACUGUUGUUACAACCUCUUCCACAAUCCUAUCCUCGUCGACACUUGCGUCCUCAUCGGCCAUAUUGACAUCAUCAAGACCUAUAGACAAAUAUACGCCAGUCGUGCCAUCUGCAUUAACUGCUUCACCUUCCACUCUUUCAAGCGCCUCUUCAUCUCCUGUGACAUCGAAAUCGUUUACUUCAUCGGUCCCGUUAAUACGAACGUCCCCGGUCUCAAGCUCCAGGAGCUCUCCUUCUCUCGACUCCUCUGCUGUAUACUCAAAAGUCCCAGUUUCUGUCCCCUUGAAGAGCUCCUCGGCACUCAUACCAGUGCAAUCGUCUUCUUCUCCUGUCUUUCAUUCAUCCUCUGCGUCAUUGCCGCUUCUUUUCAAUUCUUUUAUUUCUCAAAGCUCUACCAGCAACAUUCCCACGGUUUCCAGUCAGAGUAUCCCUACGUCAGCCCGGCGUACUACGACCAUAUUUACCACUGUAACCCUCACCUCAAUGACUACGAUCUGUCCUCUGAAGGCUACCAAAACGGCUUCCACUCUACAACCAGCAGAUGUUACCUCACCUGCCGCACCAAAGAUGACAACUUCAACUGUCUUCACCACAAAGGUGCCCUCGCUACAUCCACUGUUUUCACUACCAAGGUGCAUACCAUGUCUGGGUGUCCACAAGAAAGUCCGCACUGCGUAGCAUCUGAGAAGACCACCUACUACACGACAGAUACAAUCGCUGCAUACACAACUAUUGGCCCAGUUGCUGCAGAGGAGACGAGCACGCAUGCCUCUGGCCAAGCGACAGCUAUCGGGGAAGGAUCUAUCGGACAGAGCAGUGAAAGACUCAGUACAUCGACGGGCUACACAACCCGUGUCCACCCGAUCACAGCUUGUCCAUCGUCUUCCACUACCUGUGCUGAUGCAGAGCGAACGACGUAUCCCGCGACAGAAACCGCAGUAGCAUCAGUUACUCUCAUCACAUCAGCAGCUGUUGAAACUGCUGCAGACAAUUCAGGUGCUCAAGUUACUCCUUCCGGAGGUAAAUCCUCAGCGUCGAUCAUUACAGUCGUUCUCUACACGACAGAGGUAUACACGAUCAUAAAGGGAACGAAAACCCACCUCACCACGGCCGCCGUUCAGAUAACCACAACCACGACCCCCACUGCCAGCGAAAUACCGCAAUUUUCACCUACCAGAAAAGUAGGCUCGGCAUUACUCGGGCCACACAGUCCCCAGCAAGGGGGGUCAGGUGGAUCUACCAUUGCAUCCGGUGCUGAUGCAGACGGCCAAAUUGGGGUCAGCGCCGAGUCUCAAGGAUCGACCGGAGAGGGAUCGUCCUCGCCAUCCUCCAGCAAUGGUGACUCCACUCACCCCGACAGACCCGGUAGUCCUGGAUCAUCCCCUCACGUCUCGCCCUCGACUGUUUCCAGUGCCGGAUCAGUCGCCCACAGCAGUCUUAACGUUGGCUCUUGGAGUAGUGUAUCUCAUUAUUUGGGUGUCCCGUCUCCUAGUAUCGGGCUCAAUCGCCCUACCCUUGGAAGUGUUGCAGGAAGUCACACUGCAUCUGUGUAUGCCUCUGGUACAUCUACGGUUGUAUCGGUGCAAUAUACCAGCUCUGCUUCUAAGAGUGCAGUAUGCACCUUGUUCCCCUUCUUAAGCAUGGCAAUAGCAUAUCUUCUCUGA